ACAUUCCAACCUCCAUGGCGGAAGACAAGAGGCCGUUAGUAAGUUUGACCAGUGACCAUCAGAAUAUCAAAUAAGGAGGUAUUAGGCCCAUGGAAGCUGGUUAAGGCCAACAUAACAUCUGGAAUGUUGAAGAAAAAAAAGAAGUACAAGAACAAAAGCUGAGGUCUAUCAGAAUCAGCCAUACGACGAAUCUCUGGAAGUGCCUGACGCUGAAGAAGUCGCCAGCUCUUAUACACCCACACCUAGGGGUCCUCCACAUCAAGGCCAUCCGAGCCGAGGCAAUACUCCCCCUGACGCUAAGAUGUCCGAACCCUCAGAUGAUGAGUUUGAAAUCACCAAAGGAAAUGACAAGGAACCAGUAGAAGCCAAACCACGUCCUACUCCAUCCAUGAAUCCUCCCGGGUACUCGGAGGAAGAGGAAGAUGAGGACGACUCCUCCGAGGAAGAGGAUGAUGAUGAGGAUGAUGACCAGGCUGCACCUUUAGAGGGAGCUUAUGACCCAGCUGAGUAUGAAAAUCUACCAGUAACCCCAGAGAUAAAGGAAUUGUUUCAGUACAUUACAAGGUACACACCACAGUCAAUAGAGUUAGAGCAUAAGCUGAAACCGUUCAUUCCAGACUUUAUCCCUACAGUUGGAGACAUUGAUGCUUUCAUCAAGAUUCCACGUCCUGAUGGCAAACCCGACUCUCUGGGGCUGACGGUGCUUGAUGAACCCUGCGCCAAGCAGUCUGACCCCACAGUACUGGACCUACAGCUGAGGGCUAUGUCCAAACAGACAACCAGUAAACAGCUGGUUGUCAAAAGCUUGGAAGAUGCAGAAAAGCAGCCAAAAGCUAUUGAGAAUUGGAUUGAAAACAUACGGGAACUGCAUCGCUCUAAACCACCUCCUAAUGUGCACUAUUCCAAAAACAUGCCAGACAUCGAUAAUCUGAUGCAAGAAUGGCCUCCAGAGUUUGAAGAGUUGCUAAAAGAAGUGGGUCUCCCAACAGCAGACUUGGACUGUGACUUGGGACAGUAUGUUGAUAUGAUUUGUGCCAUCCUUGACAUCCCCAUUCAUAAGGCCACAGCUCAGCACAAUGAGAAAAUCCAGGCCCUCCAUGUGUUAUUUACCUUGUACUCAGAGUUUAAAAACUCACAGCAUUUCCGUGCUUUGGCAGCAGAAAACAAGUUGAGCAAUUCCCUAAAGAGAACAAAUUUAGAUUCUGAUAUCCCGGACUCGCUUAUGAUGUAAGAAGGUACCCAUGAUGACCGGGCCAAUGUGAGGAAACCAUGAAAGGCACUGCCCAUUUAGCAGGACUGUAAGCAUGAACGAAUGAAAUGUUGCCUUGCCUCAGAAUCCGUCCAUUCUGAAACCUGUGGGAUCAAUGUGUCGCCACGUUCUCCCUGAACACAGAUGAAGUGAUUUAUUUCAGGUUGUAUAGCAGGACUGAAUUGACCAUCAGCCUUCGCGUGCCCCAGCAUCCUGUAAUUUUAUGGUGCAGCCCACGUAGCUGGCACAUAACUGCUUAUUGUAUGAUCUCAUUCAUGAAGGGAUAGGUGGGAACGUUUACUCAGCUGUCACUAUCAACAGCCCAUGUUGUGUCUUCAGUUAUCUGGUAUCCAUUCUUUAUUCAGUGUCAAAUGUAUGUUAGGGGGAGUAUAUCGUCUUCUGAUCCGUGCUUUCUGAUAUUUCAGUGUGUCUCAAUUGGAGUCAGUUACCAAGAAAUUUUUCACAAACCAUGUUUUUGAGAUAGCACGUUUUUGAAGAGAGGUGUGUACAACUGCUGAUACUGUUUUAUGAAUAACUGAUCAAAAUGAUUUGGAAGUCUUCAUCAUGUGUUUUGAAACAUAUGAAUAUUUCAGCACUUUUUAUCUCAAACAUUGAUUGAGAAGGUGUUGAUAUUAUUAAUUGUAAGUCAUCAUCUUAUUAGUUCUCGUCAAAAAUAAAACGAAUCCACACAUUACUGAGCAAAGGUAUUGGUUGCUCUGAACCACCCCCUUUCUAAUAUGUGUACAGGCUGGUUAGGUAAGCAUUAUCAGUGCACAUAGAUUUGCAGGUCACAGCUCCUUUUUCCCCACAAAGAUUUUUACCAAGAUAACGGGCAGAUGAAGCUUUCACAACUGCCAUGGAACUUUCUGUGGUGCUGUCAUAUAAUACCAACAAAAUUGUAUAAACAUAAUUUUGUAUGAAGUUAGUACAUUCUCUUGUAUUUAUUCUCUUGUUAUUGUCUUGUGGUUUUCUGCCAAUACAAGCUGAGCCUUCUUUGUCAA